AUCAUGGCUUCUUCCGUUAGAAGAGGUGUCCUACACGUCUUGCUAGUGCUUGGCCUCUUGGUUGGUGUAGCACAUGGUAGGAGGGUGCACCAUGUCAAGGGCUUUGUUAGGACCCAUGGGACGAGUUUCACCCUCAAUGGCUCCCCUUUCCUGUUCAAUGGGUUCAAUGCCUACUGGAUGAUGCAUGUUGCUGCUGAGCCCAGUGAGAGGGAGAAGGUGUCCAGUGUGCUCCAACAGGCUGCUGCUGCUAGCAUGACUGUUGCCCGGACUUGGGCCUUUGCCGACGGCGGCGACCGGGCUCUUCAAACCUCGCCGGGCGUAUACGAUGAACGCGUCUUCCAGGGCCUAGAUUUCGUGAUCUCUGAAGCAAGGAAGAAUGGCAUCCGUUUGAUUCUAAGCCUUGUCAAUAAUUACAAGGACUUUGGAGGGAGGCCACAGUAUGUGCAGUGGGCUAGAAAUGCAGGCGUCCAGAUCAAUGGAGAUGAUGAUUUCUACACAAAUCCUGUGGUUAAGGGCUACUACAAAGCCCAUGUCAUGAGAGUGUUAACAAGGGUCAACACGAUCACCAACAUUCAAUACCGAGAUGAUCCAACGAUAAUGGCAUGGGAGCUCAUGAAUGAGCCCCGCUGCGAGUCCGACUACUCCGGCCGGACGGUGCAGGGCUGGGUUGAAGAGAUGGCUGGUUACGUGAAGUCCCUGGACAGGAAGCACUUGCUGGAGAUAGGGAUGGAAGGCUUUUACGGCGACUCGAUGCCGGAGAAGAAAGUGAACAACCCUGGUUAUCAAGUCGGAACAGAUUUUAUCAGCAGUAACCUUAUCAGGAAUAUCGACUUCGCCACCAUACACGCUUAUCCUGAUAUUUGGUUAUCUGGCCAAAAUGAUGCUGCCCAAUUAGCAUUCUUGGAGAGGUGGGUGUCAAGCCACUGGAAAGAUUCAAAGAGGAUACUGAAGAAGCCACUGGUUUUCGCCGAGUUCGGCAAGUCGAACCGCGACGGCGGCUACACUCCGGCGAUCAGAGAUCUGUUCCUGAGCACCAUAUACAGGAACAUAUAUACCUUUGCUAGGAGGGGAGGGACAAUUGCUGGUGGGCUUGUUUGGCAGAUCAUGGCUCAGGGAAUGGAGCCCUACUAUGAUGGCUAUGAGAUAGUCCUUCCUCAGGACUCCAACACCCAGUGGCUGAUCUCCAGGCAGUCACACAUGAUGCUAUCCCUUGAGCGUGCCAUGAGAAACGCUCAGGCAGAAGAAAAGCACAGGCUACAAGAUGCACUGCCUUGAGAAGUACUUUCAGUUUGAGAAUGAAAACCUCAGCUGGGCAUUGAACUCUUGGCCUUCUUCAACUCAAAUGUCUUAGUCGAACCCGCAGCAAGGUGGGUAUGCCUUGUUGUGAAUUUUGAUUAGGUUUUCUUUUCUUUUUUUUUUGGUUUCUUUUCAAGGAUCUAUAGAGUACAUCCAAUUGAGGCAUCAGGUUUUGAUAAAGAAGUCUCAAUUCCUAAUUUAGGGCCCUCAAGACUAGCUCAAUUUUCUCAUUUAUUAGGUUUCUUUGUUGUUUCCAGUGAGAAAUAUAAUACUGCAGGAAAGUCCGGCCGUUUCUAGCCGGGUGCGAGAUCGACGUGUAGUUCGAUCAUUUGUUAGAGAUUUAGGAUUUGUUAGAGAUUUAGCUGGAUUAUGUUGGAAAUAUUGGAGUAAAUCAAAGUUUAAGAAUGUAAAGUUUGGUAUCUUUCCUUAGUUCAAGCAGCUCAAGGACAAUGAUCACAUGAUAUAGAUGCAUAUAGGAAAGU